ACACUGGUUAUUUUUUCAGUUAGAGUUGAUACUUUGUUGUGAUUAGACUGAUUGAGGGAGUUAUCUGAAGAAGUUUUUUUUUUCAUUUACAAAAUUGGAAGAGAAAUUGAAAGUGAACCAUAUUUUCGGGGAAAAAAUAAAUCUCGAAUUCCAAGAUGCUCACAAUUCGAAUCAUAUCUAUUUUAACGUUUAUGAGUGGAUUAUCAUUGGCAUGGAUUCCAUACAAAGGAAUCAAUUUUGUGCUAACCGAAGAUUUUCCCAAUAUACUUGAAACGCGUGUCAAUCAAUCGUUGCAAACGACCAAAUCAUUUUUCGAACGCAAAGAAGUGGAAGUAAUCGGUGACACAAGAAUAUUAAAAUUUGUUCCAUACUUAGCUCCAAUGAUUGCAGCAUUGCCUAUUGCUCAAGACACAAUUGGAAGUGAGUACGAGUGGCGAAGACGAUUGGAUCGCGCAAUUCCGGAUGUAAAACAUCGACAACAGGCCGAACAUGAUAUGCGAACAAUUGAAAUGUCGAUGCGAACAGUUGCACGAAAUAUUAUCAAUUUGGAUCCAAACAAAAACUUUUCAUCCGAUAGUAAAAUUACCAUUGUUCACGAUAUUCACACGGGUCUAUGUAAUAUAGUGAGUAAAUUUGCUCAAAGACAUUCAAUCUUUCGAAAAUAUCCAUUAGUCGGAAUGCCAAUUCUUUUAUCGUUGUCAUCGUUUGUAUCGCUGUUUGUCUAUAUGGAAAGUGCAUUUGUGCCUGACCUUGCGCGAGCAUCGUUAAUUUCGUGUAAACUUUAUAAAACAUUAUUUGAAUAUCGUCCAAUCACCGUCGAAGCACGUUUGCAUAAAUUGGAAAUCGCCGAUUCAAUGGGCGAACCAAUACACAAUCGUCAACCGAUCAAUGAUGUUUUGGCAAAAAGUGUUGACGAAAAUUACAAUCAAACCCUGGACAAUGGUUCGCUACGAUGUCGAAAGGGAUGCCGUCCGUUUGAAGGUGAAUAUGUUUAUGUUUGUUUAAGAGAUCCGAUAUCACGAACAGAAUACGAUUGCCAUAUGAGACAUGAAAUGUAUGGUUGCCUCUUUGGAUACAUGGAAUACGUUCGAUAUCGUGUGGAAAAUGCUUUUGCUGAUGCCAUUCAACUUGUGGCAAAAACAUGCACCGAUGAAGCACGCAAUCAACCCCUUCAACAUAGUCCAACAGGAUUUGGUUGGUGGACUAUAGCUAUACACGGAGGUGAGGCCCACACUGAUAUAUUUGGAAAUGCUUGUGAUGACUGGGGUGCUUGUGAUGCAUAUAUUAAAAUUUUGGUCGAAGGAAAAGAGGUUUAUCGCACUGAAUGCAGAGUAAAUACUCAUAUGCCAUACUUUGGCGAAACAUAUCGAUCACCAAGAAUACAUAAAUCAGUACGCAUCACAAUUGAAUUGUGGGAUGAAGAUUCCGGUUGGAUGGGAUCACCAGAUGCUUUAAUGAUGCGAUGGGAAACGAAUAUCGAUCAACUCGUCAACAAUGGCAUCAAAUGGGGUGAAAAAGGCUAUUGGAAAAAUAAAAUCGUCACCGCAUCGUCGUGGAAAGAUGAAUAUCCAGACAAUUUUCAACCAAUGCUUUUAGUUUAAAAAUAUGAUUUUAACAAAUUUGGCAUUAUGUCCAAUAAUAUUGGGUGUGCCAAUUAAUUUUAAAGGAUUUUUGUGUGAAAAGAUACAUUUAUUUAAAAACAACUAUACAAUAUUUUUUUAA